GAGAAGAGGUCUCAUCUCAUCUCAUCUCAGAACAUUACCAUCUUCCUUUUCAAAAACCAAACAAACAAAUUAUGUCCAUUCCCAAUGCACAUGUAGUACAUAAUGCUUCAUAAUAUGUCCACUAGAGCUACGACGUCGUUUUGUAGUUUUCGACACUAUUAUUUUCUUCUUUUCCUGCUUUCGUUGCUAUACCACCAAGUACACUACUACUCCUACAACUACCUCGGAAAACGCUCCUCUUUUUCUUUUUUUUAACUAAUUUUCACCACUAUUUCGUUAUUUUUUAUAAAUAAUAAUAAUUUGAGAUUAAUAAAAUGUGAGUUUAUUUCCCCAAUUAUAUAUUUUUUUCAGUCUGGAUUCUGAGAAGAAAAUAACUGGAAAGAAGAAGCAUCAGCAUCAGCAUCUGCCGCAGAAAAAAGAAAAAGCAAAAAGAAGAACUUCUCUUUCUCUUUUCAGUUUUUUCUUUCUCUUUCUCUCUCUUUCUUUCAGCGUUUUUGUCUCUUUUUUCACUUUUGUUGAACCAAACAACAAAGACCUUGCUUAACAACAACCUCUUCGACACUUCCCUUUCCAACGUUCUUGUUUCUUUUCUCCAACAAAACCCAAACAUUCACUUUAUUUAAUGUUCUUAUACUUCAAGGUUUCUUAGUGUCUCCAAAUUAUGGCUGAUUCCUCUACCUUGCGUUUGGUUCGUUGCCCCAAAUGUGAAAAUCUACUUCCGGAACUAGCUGAUUAUUCUGUUUAUCAAUGUGGUGGUUGUGGUGCUGUUCUUCGAGCGAAACAUAAAGGUUAUGUGAGUGGUAGCUUGUCUGAUGAGGGAAAAGUUGGAGAAGGUUCUGGAAAAUUAGAGAAAGGAUUAGUUGAUUCUAGUGGUAAUUCUAAUGUUGUUGAUGUUAAAUCUAGUAAUGCUCCGUUUAAGUUUGAUAAUCGACGGGAUAAUAAGGACGAGGGGAUUCGAAAUCCGAGUAAAUCGGAGGAUGCUGAUGAGAAAGGGGUUUUGGAGAAUGGUGUUGAUGAUGUUGUAAGAGACAAUGGUGAUGAAGUGAGUAAAGCAAUGGAAAGAAAACAGGCGGAACCGAAGUCUCAAAUUGGUAAUGAAAACGGGUUUAAGCUUGAUGGAAGAAAUUCUAGUUUGCGAAAUGGAGAGAGAACUGAGAUGGAGGGGUUUCCGAGAAAGCUACGGGGUGAAAUGGAACGAGUGAGAUUUGCUAGUUCUAGUUAUCCCGAUGAAGGACCUUCAAAUGGAUAUUCAGGUUUUUCUAAUAGUUAUAAAGAAUCAUGGAGGGAUCAUAAAGAAAAAGAUGGUGCAAAUAGGGUUCAGCACCUUGAGCAAGAUCGAGCCGAGCUUCUAAGGAAGCUCGACGAGUUAAAACACCAGCUUAGCAAGUCUUCUGAAGGGGUCAACAACCAGAAGGAAAAGGUUCCUCUUGAUGAAAGGAUGAUUCCUCCGGAUCCUCAUCGUCACUUUGCUGGCUCGGAUCCUUGGUUUCCGGAUGGAUCGUCGGGAUUAAACCGGACUUCGAGGCAAUUUUUUGGACCUGAUAAACAUAUGGCAGGUCCUCCUCGUAGUGAUUAUCAUCAUGAUCCGUUUCCUUAUAUUGGCGGUCAUGAAACGGCUAUGCCUAAUUUCCAUCCUUCGAUGCAUAAUCCAAAUCAAUACGGGGAUCCUUUUGCGUCUCAAAUGCUGAGGAGAGGUCCACAUCAAUUCUCGCAGCAACCAUUGCAUCCCUACUUUCCUGGACGGUAUGUUGAUCCUAAUCCAGAUUCGUACGAACUGUAUGCGCAUAAUAGUAAUAACGCAAUGCUUCACCCACCUUCUUGUUCUUGUUUCCAUUGCUAUGACAACAAACAAAGAGGUUCAGUGCCGGGUCCACCUGCUUCGUUUGUUAACAGCAGGUUUCCUGAUGCCCCAAAUGAUCGUAUGUUAUAUCAUCAUCAUGAGAUCCCUGGGGCAUUUGGAUCACAUGCUCAUAAUUCCAGAGCUUCAAUUCCCACAGCACGUUUUGGUGAAAAUCAAUUACAUACAAGAUGGCCUAGUGACUUCAACUCUGAGUUGGGUGGUUUUGUUCGAAACCGUCCUCGCAAGGUAACGCUAGCUAGUAGUAGCAGGCGUUGCCGUCCUGUAGCCGGUGGUUCACCUUUCAUCACGUGCCAUAACUGCUUCGAGUUACUGCAACUGCCUAAAAAAGCACUUGUUAUUGUGAGAAAUCAUCAGCAGAAAGUGCGAUGUGGAGUUUGUUCUUCAGAAAUCAGCAUUUCUGUCAUCAAUAAAAAGCUGGUUAUAUCUCCUCAUUCAGAAACGAAGGGAGCUCACUCAAGGAUUGAUGAUAGGUAUAACGAGGUUCUGAAUAACCGUGUGUCAUAUGCUCGUGGUCUUGCAAACAGGAGCCGUGCCAACUUCUCAUCGGAUGAUUAUUCUGGUUAUGAUUUUCUCUCGGUAGAUAAAGAAACCCUUUCAGCAGUUGCUUUAAACUCUAACAAGUCACAGGAAAUGCCGAGUUUUCAUUCCUCAUCUCCUAGUACAUCCGAAGAUGAAAAUAGUUCAGAAGCUAUGACUGCUUCAAGGGAGGCUGUGAAGUCUAUUCUCCGGCCUACGGCAGACUCGCUAUCUCCUCCUUCCGGGUCACCUCCGCAAGAGUAUAUUGAUCACUCUAAUAGUAACCGCACUGUAAAUCGGUUUGGAAAAGGAAACCGAAGUAGUCGGUCAGAGCAAGAUAAGUCAAAGAUGGAAAAGAUUACGUCGCGUCAAAACUCUUUGAAAGAAACAGCAGUUGCAACUGAAAUGGAUGUUCUUGAUUAUUCCAACACAGGAGUCUCCCAGGAUUCUAGAGAUGCUAGCCGAGAGCACGAUCAUCCUAGAUCUAACAAAGGGGGUGAAUCAUUCUUUGCAAACAUAAUCAAGAAAAGCUUCCGGGAUUUCUCCCGAACUAGUCAAACAGAAGGAAAAAUUAAUGUUACCGUGAACGGAAAGCCCUUGUCUGAUCGUGUGGUUAAGAAGGCCGAAAAGCUUGCAGGUCCAAUCCAGCCUGGAAAUUAUUGGUAUGAUAUUCGAGCUGGAUUUUGGGGCAUCAUCGGCGGGCCUUGUCUUGGAAUAAUUCCGCCAUUUAUAGAAGAGUUCAAUCAUCCCUUGCCAGAAAAAUGCUCUGGCGGGAAUACCGGUGUUUUUGUAAAUGGUAGAGAACUUCAUCAAAAAGAUUUGGACUUGCUUUCUGGAAGAGGACUUCCACCUGAUGGAGAUAGAUCGUAUAUCAUCGAAAUUUCUGGAAGAGUCCUCGACGAAGACACGGGAGAAGAGCUGGACUGCCUUGGCAAACUCGCACCAACAGUGGAGAAAGUGAAACAUGGAUUCGGUAUGAAAGCACCUCGAGCAGCUCAAUAAUCAAAAGAUAGACAAAUAUUCUUUUACAGGUUUGAGAAGGUGAAUAUUGUUCCAUCUUUCUGAAGAUUUGGAAACAAUAUCUAGUAUCUGAUCAUGGCUUGAAUUUAGAUGACAUAUGUGAUGUGUAAAUUUGAUCAUGGUAUUGCUGAAAGUCUCUGAAUACAUUUAUAUCUUUUUUAUUUAUAUAUUUUUUAAUCUAAA